AGCGAUCAGCAGUUCGUGUUAGUUAACGGCGGUACGCUCAACAGUAACGACGCUAUUGGCGACGAGCGGCAAAGAAACACAGCGACAAUUCACAACAAUCGAAGCCAGCAGCAACGCCAACAGCAACAGCAACAGCAACUCCAACACCAGCAACAAAAACAACAACAGCAGAAGAUCGGUUCGGUUGCGCCUGUUGCUGAUUUAGUGCAAAACGUGAAUUAUACAAACGUCAACGGUCAAACGCAGACGCAGGCGACAAUAUUUCUAAAUCACAAUAAUUAUAGAAAGAACCCGCCAAAUUUGCAGAACAACGUCGCUGCAGUCGCCGCGUGUGCUUACAACAAUUGCAACAACAACACCAACAACAGUACCAACAACAACAACAACAGUUUUAGCAAUUUAAGUUUUUACGCCCAGCAGCCAACGAGCAACUACAACAACAAUAACGAGCUCUUUCAAGCCGAGCAGCCGAACGAAUAUUACCAACAGCAGCAGUCGGAACAGUACGAGGAGAACUUCGACGAAGAUAUGGAGGCCGAACGUGAUCUAGCCGAGGAUGCCCAAUGGAAGAAAAUCCAACAGAACACCUUCACACGCUGGGCUAAUGAGCAUCUGAAAACGAUCGAUCGUUCGAUAAACAAUCUGGAAACGGAUCUGUCCGAUGGUCUCCGUCUGAUUGCACUCAUCGAGGUGCUGUCCCAGAAGCGUUUGCCCAAGCACAACAAACGUCCAACAUUCCGUAGCCAGAAAUUGGAGAACGUAUCGGUUGCCCUGAAAUUCCUACAGGAUGAGGGCAUCAAAAUUGUUAACAUUGAUUCUUCGGAUAUUGUUGACUGCAAGCUGAAACUGAUAUUGGGUCUUAUAUGGACGCUCAUUCUGCACUACUCGAUAUCGAUGCCCAUGUGGGAUGGCGAGGAUGAGAAGCAGUUGAACGGCUCUGGACAGACGCCCAAGCAGCGCCUGUUGAACUGGAUACAUGCCCGGAUACCUGAUAUGCCCAUCAAUAACUUCACCAACGACUGGACCACGGGCAAGGCAGUGGGCGCAUUGGUUGAUGCCUGUGCGCCUGGCUUGUGCCCCGACUGGGAGAUGUGGGAUCCCAAGGACGCAGUGCAAAAUGCUUCGGAAGCUAUGGGUCUGGCCGAUGACUGGCUGAAUGUGCGUCAGCUGAUCAAGCCGGAGGAGUUGGUCAAUCCCAAUGUGGAUGAGCAGUCCAUGAUGACAUACUUGUCGCAGUAUCCCAACGCCAAGCUGAAGUCAGGCGCUCCUUUGCGUCCCAAGACGAACCCCAAUAGCAUUCCUCCGCCGCGAGUGCGCGCCUAUGGACCCGGCAUUGAGCCCAUUGGACCCGUAGUUGGUGCUCCUGCUAACUUCACUGUGGAAACUUUCAGCGCAGGCAAAGGUAUUGUUGAUGUUGAAAUCGAAGGACCCGACGGCGUGGUGGAGAAGGCCGAUGUACGCUUCAACAAUGACAAGAAUCUCACCUACACCAUUUCGUACAUACCCAAGGCUGAGGGUCUGCACAAAGUGGCCGUGAAGUAUUCGGGCCGUGACAUACCCAAGUCGCCAUUCCCCGUUAAGGUCGAAGGUCAUGCUGGCGACGCCUCGAAGGUGAAGGUAACCGGCCCUGGUAUCCAGCCGACGGGAGUGACCAUCAAGAAGCCGACGUUCUUCGAUAUACUCACCAAGGAUGCGGGUCGCGGUGUGCCCGAGGUGAUCAUCAUUGAUCCGGCCAACCACAAGACUUCGGUGGCCGCCAAGGUGCGUCAGUUGGAGAAUGAUACUUGGCGCUGCGAAUAUGUCACCGCACUGCAGGGUCUGCACUCGGUCAAUGUGUUCUAUGCGGGCACGCCCAUACCAAACAGCCCGUUCCCCGUGAAGGUGGCUCCGUUGUCGGAUGCGCGCAAAGUGCGUGUCUCCGGCCGUGGGCUGCAGGCGACGGGCGUGCGUGUGGGCGACGAUGCGGACUUCAAAAUACAUACCGAGGGUGCCGGCGAGGGUGUGCCAGAGGUGCGCGUCAUUGGACCUGGCGGCAUGAACCAGAAUGUCAUGCAGUCCAAGGUGGAUGGCAAUACGUAUGAGUGCCAUUACUAUCCCACCAAGGAGGGUCGCUAUGUAGUCAUGAUUACGUUUAGCGGACAGGAAGUGCCCAAGUCGCCGUUCGAGGUGAAGGUGGGGCCCAAGAAGGAGUCCUCGAUUGUGGCCUACGGGCCGGGCUUGAGCAGCGGCGUCAUCGGCUACCCCGCCGCUUUUGUGGUGGAGACCAAUGGCGAAACGGGCGCACUCGGCUUCACCGUGGCCGGACCCUCCCAAGCGGAGAUUGAGUGCCAUGACAAUGGUGAUGGCUCCGCAUUGGUCAAGUAUCAUCCAACUGCCGUGGGCGAGUAUGCUGUGCACAUACUCUGCGACAACGAGGACAUACCCAAGUCACCGUUCAUAGCACACAUACUGCCGCGCACCGACUUUCAUCCGGAGCUGGUCAAGGCCAUCGGACCGGGUCUGGAGAAGAACGGCGUGACCAUCAAUGAGACGGCCACCUUCGAUGUGGAUACCAGCAAGGCGGGCAAUGCGCCGCUCGACAUUGUAGUCCAGGAUGUCUAUGGCAACAAGCUGCCAGUGCAGGUCAAGAGUAACCCCGAUGGCACCAAGAAGGUCAGCUAUACGCCAAACUCUGGCGUGCCGCACACUGUAGAGGUUAACUAUGGUGGUGUCUCCACGCCCAAUUCGCCACAUCGCAUCUAUGUGGGCGUGCCUGUGGAUGCCACAAAGGUGCAAGCUUUUGGACCCUGGCUGCAACCGGGCGUCCGUCCCAAUAUGCCCACUCACUUCAAUGUGGAUGCACGCGAUGCUGGCGACGCGGAGCUCAAGGUGAAAAUCGUGCACGAGGACACCAAGUUGGAGGUGCCAUGUCGCAUCAUCGACAACCAGGACAACACAUACUCCGUUGAGGUCAUUCCACCCAUGAAGGGCGCCUACACAACGACCAUGACAUACGGCGGACAGCGUGUGCCGUUGGGCCAAAAGGUGGUCGUCGAGCAGACGGUGGAUGUGUCCAAGAUCAAGGUGGACGGCCUGGAGCCCACCGCGCCCCUGAACAGUUUGCAGCAGUUUCGUAUUAUUACCCAUGGUCUGCCCAAGGCGGAUCUGGCUGUGACCAUAACGAGUCCGUCGGGCAAUCGGGUGAAGGCGCACAUCAUACCCACGGCCGAAGGUUUUCUGGUCAACUUCACGCCCACGCAGCUGGGCGAGUAUUUGCUCAGCAUUUGCUUUGGCGGCACACCCAUCACGCCACGCCCCUUUCGUUUGCAAUGCCUCACGGGCAGUGAUUCGAACAAGGUGCACGCCUACGGCCCGGGCCUUGAGCGUGGCAUUGUCGGCCAGCCGGCCGAGUUUAUGAUCGAUACCCGGGGAGCGGGCCAAGGCGGCCUGGGCGUCACCGUCGAGGGGCCAUGCGAGGCGGCCAUCAAUUGCCGGGACAAUGGCGACGGGACCUGCAAUGUAGCCUACCUGCCCACCGAGGCGGGCGACUACACUGUCAACAUAACGUUCAACGAGCGCCACAUCAAUGGCUCUCCAUUCCAGCCGAUCAUUGUGCCCGUGCCGAAUCUGAAGAAUACGCGAGUGAGCGGCAUCGGCAUACAGCCGCAUGGUGUCAUCAUGAACGCCGACACGGACUUUAUGGUCGACAUGAGCAAGGUGGGCAGCAACAUCGAGUCUGGCAAGCUGUCGUGCGCCAUCUUCGACCCCAUGGGUCACGUGCUGCCCAACAAGAUGGUGCAGGGACCCACCGACGACAUUUUCCGCAUCAUGUACUCGCCCUUCGAGGCGGGUCGUCACACGAUCGAGCUGAUGUAUGAUAAUAUACCCGUGCCGGGCUCACCUUUCGUGGUGAACGUGAAGAGCGGCUGCGAUCCGACACGCUGCAAGGCCUAUGGACCGGGCUUGGAGAAGGGUUUGACCAAUCAGAAGAACAAGUUCACCGUGGAGACCAAGGGCGCCGGCAAGGGCGGCCUAUCGCUGGCCAUCGAGGGCCCCUCCGAGGCCAAGAUGACCUGCACGGACAAUCGCGACGGCAGCUGCGAUGUCGACUAUCUGGCCACGGACCCAGGCGAGUACGAUAUAACCAUACGCUUUGCGGAUAAGCACAUACCCGGCUCUCCGUUCCGUGUGCUCGUCGAGGAGACUGUGGAUCCCAGCAAGGUGAAGGUCUACGGACCGGGCAUCGAGCACGGCCAGGUCCGCGAGAGUGUGCCAACGGUGUUCAAUGUGGAUGUGGGCGAGGCUGGUCCUGGCCGCAUUGCCGUCAAGCUGACCAACUCCGAGGGCAUACCCGUUGACAAUCUGAGCGUCGAGGACAAGGGCAAUUGCAUUUAUGCGGUGCACUAUGUGCCGCCCAAGGCCGGUUCCGUGCUCACCUGCCAGGUGAAGUUCGCCGACGAAGAAGUGCCAUGCAGUCCGUUUGUGAUGACCGUUUUCCCCAAGUCCGAGGCCACCAAGGUCACGGUAAAGGGCGUCAACGAGAAGAAGAAGACGCCUGCCUCACUGCCCGCCGAAUUCGAGAUUGAUACGAAGCAAGCCGGCCAGGCGGACAUCAAUGUGGCUAUUAAGAAUCCCAAGGGCAAGCGCAUGCAGCCACGCCUAGAGGAGGUCGCCACUGGCACCUAUGUGGUUUCGUUUGUGCCCGAUGAGUGCGGCACGUAUCAGUGCAGCAUCAAGUACGGCGACAAGGAGAUCGAGGGCUCGCCCUUCAAACUCGAAGCAUUCCCCACCGGCGAGGCCAAGAAAUGUAAGCUUGUCGAGGAGGCGCCCAAGAUACAGCCUUCAGGCAGCCAGUCGCACCUCAAGGUGGAUGCACGCGAGGCGGGCAACGGUGCUGUCACCUGCAAGAUAACCAAUAAGGAAGGCAGUGAAAUCGUGGACAUUGAUGUUAUCGAGAAGGAUGGCUUCUUUGACAUACUGUAUGCCCUGAACGAUCCCGGAGAGUACGAUAUCAAUGUCAAGUUCGGCGGCAAGGAUAUACCCAAUGGCAGCUUCUCCAUUAAGGCUGUCGAAAGCGUCGAACAAUACUCGCACAGUGAAUACAUCGAGGAGCAUACGACCAAAGUGGUUAAGCAGACAACAACACAGAGCGAACUGGUCAACGGAAAAUCAGACGUAACAUAUCGAGCUGUUGCCUUUGAGAAAUUGCCACUACCCACAACAGGCGGAAACGUAACUGCUGAAGUCAGAAUGCCAAGUGGUAAGGUAGAUAAACCCAUUAUUCAGGAUAACCGUGAUGGUACGGUCUCCGUGAAGUACGAACCUCGUGAGGAGGGCUCCCACGAGCUGGUUGUUAAAUACAAUGGCGAGCCUGUUCAAGGAUCUCCAUUCAAAUUCCAUGUGGACUCUAUAACAUCCGGCUAUGUGACCGCCUAUGGACCCGGCCUGACGCACGGUGUCACCGGUGAACCCGCUAACUUUACCAUCUCCACCAAGGGCGCCAGCGCUGGCGGUCUGACCAUGGCCGUCGAGGGACCCAGCAAGGCAGACAUCAAAUAUCAUGACAAUAAAGACGGCACUGUUUCGGUGCAAUAUCUGCCCACCGCUCCAGGUGAAUACCAGGUGUCGGUGCGCUUCGGCGACAAGCACAUCAAGGGCUCACCCUACUUUGCCAAGAUAACAGGUGAGGGUCGCAAGCGUAACCAGAUUUCGGUUGGUUCCUGCUCGGAGGUGACCAUGCCCGGCGACAUCACCGACGAUGAUCUGCGCGCUCUGAACGCCUCCAUCCAGGCGCCCAGCGGCUUGGAGGAGCCCUGCUUCCUCAAGCGCAUGCCCACCGGCAACAUUGGCAUUUCGUUCACGCCCCGUGAGAUCGGCGAGCAUAUGGUGUCGGUGAAGCGGCUGGGCAAGCACAUCAACAACUCGCCCUUCAAGGUGACCGUGUGCGAGCGCGAGGUGGGCGACGCCAAGAAGGUUAAGGUCAGCGGCAAUGGCCUCAAGGAGGGACAGACGCACAGCGACAACAUUUUCUCCGUGGACACACGCAACGCCGGCUUCGGUGGUCUCUCGGUGUCCAUUGAGGGUCCCAGCAAGGCGGAGAUCCAGUGCACCGACAAGGAUGACGGCACACUGAACAUCUCCUACAAGCCCACGGAGCCCGGCUACUACAUUGUCAAUCUGAAGUUUGCCGAUCAUCACGUCGAGGGCUCACCCUUCACCGUCAAGGUGGCCGGCGAGGGCAGCAAUCGCAAGCGUGAGAAGAUUCAGCGUGAGCGCGACGCGGUGCCCAUCACUGAAAUUGGCAGCCAGUGCAAGCUGACCUUCAAGAUGCCCGGCAUCACUUCCUUCGAUCUGGCUGCCUGCGUUACAUCGCCCAGCAAUGUUACUGAAGACGCCGAGAUCCAGGAGAUCGAGGAUGGUCUGUACUCGGUGCACUUUGUGCCCAAGGAACUGGGCGUAUACACCGUCUCGGUGCGCUACUCUGAGAUGCACAUCCCCGGCUCGCCCUUCCAGUUCACAGUGGGUCCACUGCGCGACUCGGGCAGUCACUUGGUGAAGGCUGGCGGCUCUGGCUUGGAGCGCGGCGUUGUCGGCGAGGCUGCCGAGUUCAAUGUGUGGACACGUGAGGCUGGCGGCGGCUCGCUGGCUAUCUCAGUGGAGGGUCCCAGCAAGGCCGACAUUGAGUUCAAGGAUCGCAAGGACGGCAGCUGCGAUGUCUCCUACAAGGUGACCGAGCCUGGCGAGUAUCGUGUGGGCCUCAAGUUCAACGACCGCCACAUCCCAGACUCGCCCUUCAAGGUGUACAUCUCGCCCGAUGCCGGCGACGCCCACAAGCUGGAGGUGCAGCAGUUCCCACAGGGCAACAUCCAGGCCGAUGCGCCCUAUCAGUUCAUGGUGCGCAAGAACGGCGCCAAGGGUGAGCUGGAUGCCAAGAUUGUGGCCCCAUCUGGCACCGACGACGAUUGCUUCAUCCAGGUGAUCGACGGCGAUAUGUACUCGGUGCGCUUCUAUCCACGUGAGAACGGCAUCCACGCCAUCCACGUCAAGUUCAACGGUGUGCACAUACCCGACUCGCCAUUCAGAAUCAAGGUAGGCAAGGAUGUGGCCGAUCCGGCUGCUGUGCAUGCCACCGGCAGCGGCUUGGACGAAGUGAAGACUGGACACAAGGCCGAUUUCAUCAUCAACACGUGCAAUGCGGGCGUUGGCACACUGGCCGUCUCCAUCGAUGGCCCAUCCAAGGUGGCCAUGGAUUGCACGGAGGUUGAGGAGGGCUACAAGGUGCGCUACACCCCACUGCUGCCCGGCGAGCACUACAUCACGGUCAAAUACAACAACAUGCAUAUCGUGGGCUCGCCCUUCAAGGUGCACGCCACCGGCGAAAGGCUGGCCGACGAGGGCGCCCAGGAGACGUCCACAGUGAUUGUGGAGACCGUCCAGAAGGUGGCCAAGGGCGGCAAGAACACUGGUGUCCAUCUGCCCACCUUCAAGUCCGACGCCAGCAAGGUUGUGUCCAAGGGCAUGGGCCUAAAGAAGGCCUACAUUGGCAAGCAGAACCAGUUCAGCAUCUCUGCCACAGAUGCGGGCAAUAACAUCCUGUACGUGGGUAUGUACGGACCAAAGGGACCGUGCGAGGAGUUCCAUGUCAAGCACGCUGGCCACAACAACUACAAUGUGCAGUAUCUGGUGCGCGAUCGCGGACAGUACGUGCUCCUAAUCAAAUGGGGCGAAGACCAUAUACCCGGCUCCCCAUUCCAGAUCGAUGUCUAGGCUAAGGCCAAACAAUCAUAUAUAAUAUAUAUA